AUGGGGAACAGAGCCUCAAAAUCUGGCAACAUGGACGAACCGGUGCAAACUACUUUAUUUGAAAGGGAGCCCAGUGGAAUCACGUAUAGGAUCCCUGCGCUCAUCUACCUGCGGCAUGUCCAGACUUUCCUCGCCUUCGCUGAGAAGAGGUCAUCGCCCUCUGACCACGACGCAAAAAUCCUGGUCAUGAGGAGAGGAACCAUGAAAGAAGACGGAUCUGUGGAGUGGUCAUCAAGACAGGAGCUCCAGGCAGCCACUUUACCAAACUACCGCACCAUGAAUCCCUGCCCUGUGUAUGAGAAAAACAGUAAAACGGUCUUCCUGUUUUUUGUUUGCAUCCUGGAAAAUGUUACAGAGAGGUGGCAAAUCUGCACAGGUAGAAACAAAACCCGACUGUGUUAUGUGUCCAGCAAUGACAAUGGACAAACAUGGAGCGAAGUUAGAGACUUGACCGAGAGGGUGAUUGGGGAGACCAUCAACAAAUGGGCCACCUUUGCAGUUGGUCCAGGCCAUGGCGUUCAGCUAGAAAAUGGAAGACUGAUCAUCCCAGCGUAUGCCUAUUACAUUCCAUACAAGUUAUUCUCAUAUCCAAUUCCUGGCACAGUCCACCCACGAGCUCUGUCCAUCUACAGUGACGACUUUGGCCAGACGUGGCGACUGGGUAAGAUGUUGAGAAAACCGUCUUGUGAAUGUGAGAUGGCUGAAAUAAUAGAUCAUGAAGGUCGGAGCCAUCUCUACUGCAAUGCCCGUUGCACGCGCAAACGAGGAGGCCAUAGAUGUGAGGCGCUCAGUGAAAACAGUGGCAUGUUUUUUGACCAACCGCAAAUCUCCAGAGAGCUGGUGGAGCCUCCUUCAGGGUGUCAGGGCAGUGUCAUUGGUUUCCCCGCUCCUGAGUUUGUUCCGAAUGACGAUGCCGAAAGCAAAGCCUGUGGGACGUCUCUUCUUUCUCCUGAUACUCAAACAUGGCUGCUCUUCAUGCACCCCUCUCAUAAGUCCUACAGGAGAGACAUGGGGGUGUACUUAAACCGCUCCCCUCUGCACUCGUCUGGAUGGGAUAAGCCUAAGAUCAUUCACAGUGGACCAAGCGGCUACUCGGAUCUGGCCUACAAUGGGGAUAAAGAUACAUUUUCAGGCCUGAUGGAGUGUGGGAAAGAAACUGAACUUGAGCAAAUCACAUUUGUCACUUUCACUCUCAAUGAUGUCAUGCAAAUAGGCAGCAGGAAGGACAAAAAGAUAGAUUGA